AUGGUUCGGAUUACAAUAUUUAUCGAAAAUCCUAUUGUCAAAACCGGCCAGCGAUACAGGCAUUUUGGCCGACUCAAAACAUUCUGGUGGCCGGACGCCGCUCUCGUGGGCAGCCGAGAACGGGCACGAGGCUAUGGUCAAGCUGCUGCUCGUGACUGGCAAGGUCGACGUCGACUCGAAGGACAACGACGGCUGAACGCCGCUCUCGUAGGUAUCCGUAAGGCCUGA